UGUGUUUAUUUACGCUCGAACACCGAACGUGGUAGCAACGCGCAAUCAAAGAAACAACCGCAACAAAAUUACAAAUUAAAGAAAUUCAAAACAACAAACAAAAAUCUAAUAAAAUAGUCAAUUUGUUGAAAUUACACAUACUAACUAACUCAAAGUGCCUUUAAAGAAGUGAUUAAACUGUUCAAAUAUUUACACACGAAAUUUGUUGAAAUCAAAUCGAGUGGCAGCAACAACUUCACAUGGUUAUCAGCAGCUUAGAAGGUUUUAUCAAAAAAAUUGUAAAUUAAUCAACUAAUUUCGCGCCAUUGAAUUUUUAAUCAAUUCAACAUAGAGAAAAGCAACUUUUUUUUGCUAGUGACAUUUCAUUAUUUUUAUUUUAAAGUAAUUAGAAAAAACUUUCUACGUGCACUUUUAUUUCAUUAGAAAUUGUGUGUUUGUGGAGCAUCAAAGACAUUCAGUUGUUAAUCGAAGUAAGGUGAAAAACAAAACCGAAAACUUCACCAAUUCACCCACGAGCAUUUGGUGCAGCUGGACCGCACUUUCGUUUUCUAAACACACGCUUUUUGGGCUCCUUUAUUUGGCAGUGAAAAGAAAACAAAACAAGCAAAAAACUGGCGAUAAAGAAGAAAUGGUUGGCUGCAAUUGCUGCUGAAUAGACAAUAGUUUAGUGUUUGAAAGCGAAAAACAGUUUGCCAAUUGAAAUCGCAAUAAAAAUAAGUGCCUUCUCUUUACUUUUUGCCAAAUUCAAACUUUUGAUUUUAAUUUUGUUGCGCCCACUUGCACUUGCACGCGCAUAAACACGCAUAAACACGCACACACAGGCAAGCGCGCACAUUGAAGCGGUGAAUUAAUUGUGACUUUCGUUUCGUUUCAUUUCAUUGAUUGCCAGCACACAGCCACUUGCAGACGAACACUUUUUGAGUGAAUUUUGUGAAGAAAACCAACUACGCGCCACGUUUCAGCCCACAUUGGACAUUUGAUUGCGAUUUUGCAACGCUUUAAUUGCAGACAAGUGCUAUUGUGCUUUUUACUAAACAGCACCAAAUUAAAAAAACAAAACUAAAAAAAAAUCAGCGCAACAAAAACAUAUUUUUUGCGAACACAUUUCACAUUGCGAAAGCAUUUUUUCAAUCGAUUAUAAAAGCACCACUUUAAACCAAUACAGACUUAGCAAAAAUGGAGGAGAAACGUGAUAUUCCGAAAAUCAUCGGUAUCAACGAUAUCACAGAUAGUAAACGCUUCUGGCGUGCACUGAUUGGCGAGUUCUUGGGCACGUUCUUCCUGGUCGCCAUCGGUGUUGGCAGUUGCACAGGCGAUGUUUCAUAUUCCCCAUCGGUGCCGCAGAUUGCCUUCUGUUUCGGCUUGGUGGUGGCCACAAUGGCGCUGGGCCUGGGUCAUAUCAGCGGUUGCCACAUCAAUCCCGCCGUCACAAUUGGCUUUCUCAUUGUUGGUGAAAUGAGCAUUUUGAAGAGUUUAUUCUACAUCAUCAUGCAACUGGUUGGUGCCAUAGCCGGCGCUGCGUUUAUAUACGCUUCCGUAAGCUCCGAAUUGGCUGGCACGAAUCUAGGCGUUUCUUCAGCCGAUGUUGAACUCGGUGCCGGGCAGGUGGUAAUGAUUGAGGCUUUGAUCACGUUCAUUUUGGUAUUCGUUGUGAAGGCAGUAUCCGAUCCUGGACGCACAGACAUCAAAGGCUCGGCGCCACUUGCUAUCGGACUCUCCAUAGCCGCUGGACACUUGUGUGCUGUCAAAUUAACUGGCUCCAGCAUGAAUCCAGCGCGUUCUUUUGGUCCAGCAGUCAUUCACAACGCAUGGACGUAUCAUUGGGCCUACUGGGUGGGACCCAUACUUGGUGGCAUCAUUGCGGCUAUCUUCUACAAACUUUUCUUUAAGGUGCGCAAGGGCGAUGAUGAGGAUCAUUCGUAUGAUUUCUAAAGCAAAGAAAUUACAAAAUGAAUACAAAAACAAAAAACAACAAAC